GUGUGUGCGCGCAAAAAGAAUAGAGAAAGCAAAGCAUCCCGAAGGAGUGGCACACAAAGUGUUUGCAUAACUUAAUAAUUAUUCGACAUGAUGAUUUCAGACAGUCAGAAAAAAGGACUGCGGGAGUUACUUCUAAAUGACAAUAACUUAACUGUCCUGCUACAGUUGGCCAAAUGCGCCACCAAAAAUGUGUGCAAAACCGAAGACCCGGAGGAGGCCCUUCGUCUGAUCACUACACACAUUCCAGACAUUUACGUACUGCUUUCCAAGCGCGCUAUAACGAAGGAACUCCUCUUUACGUAUUUGAGCAAUCGACGCGCUGACGCAGCCACAGACUUUAGCAAGGCAGACCUCAUAGAAAAGGUUAUACAGUAUUGGAAGCAGGAGCAUCAAUCAAGCAUAGAGCUUUCCGGAGACCAGACAUCCAGCUCACUUCAUAAUCAGAGCGAAGAGGAUUAUCCCAUUAACAAGAUUGCGCGCAAGUUCGGCGAGUGGUUCUUCGAACGCUUCAACGCAGACGCCCUCAGUCUGGUGGAUUUGUGGGCAGAUGCGACCCUACAUCUCACGAUCAGAGCCAGUGAUGGAAUCAAUGAGUGGGAGUGUACGACGGCUGCCGAGGUGUUAUCGGCACUAACGAGCGCUAAGCAGCAGUUUGACUUUUACUUUAAUCCGAACCUGACGCACGCCGGAAUUCAAGGUCGAAUGGACUCGUACGGGCAGUUCUUAGUGAUCUGCUGCGGCACUCUGCACUCCCGUGACAGCUGCGUCGGAAUCUUUGAAUGUGCCUUCGGGCUACUGCGGGACCCCUUGGCUGACAACAACUGGAAACCCAAAAAAGUGAAGUGCUUACGUAAAAGGGAAGCUCAGCCCCCAGCCCCCUAUCUGUGCUCGAGCGAAAUUCUGCACACAGCUCUGGAGCUGCCUGUAUCCACUGAUGACUUGAAGAUUUCUCAAGAUAUUCUGCCUAAGGAUUGA